AUGAGUAGUGCAACAGGUAACAAUACUGCCAGGAUACCCACGUCUCACACAUUAUGGUCACCAUAUGAUACUGUGAGAGAUGCGGCCGAAAGCUUAGGCCUUUCGAGUCAAUUAACUGAGGACGUGGCAAAAAACUUGGCCAUGGACGUCGAGUACCGUAUUCAUGAAAUUUUGGAGCAAGCAUUGAAAUUUAUGAGGCAUGGCAAAAGGAAAAUACUUACGGUAUCAGAUGUUGACAGGGCUAUGAAAGUAUUGAACCUUGAACCAUUGUACGGCUAUGAUGUUUCGAGACCUCUUGUUUUUAAAGAAGCAAUGGUUGGCCCUGGUCAAACACUGUACUAUGUUGACGAUGACGACGUCGAGUUUGAAAAGUUAAUCAAUCAAUCACUUCCUAAAGUUCCAAGAUUCACCUCAUUUACUGCCCAUUGGCUUGCGAUAGAGGGCGUGCAGCCAACAAUUCCUCAAAACCCAAAUCCUGCGGAGAUCAAGCAAUUACCCCCUAAUCAGAGAGGUUCGGUUGAUAACAUACUGAGCCUGAAUAAUGAUGAUGUAUCUUUGUCUACCAACCCAUCUAACGGAUUGACAACAGUUGAGCAAAACUCACAAGGAAGAAAGAAAGAUCUUGAUGUGAAACCACUUGUCAAGCAUAUGCUUUCUAAAGAGCUUCAGCUAUAUUUUGACAAGUCUGUUGCUGCACUACUGGAUGAGACCAAUGAAAGCCUCCGAGCGGCUGCUUUGGAAUCAUUGGAAGCUGAUCCUGGACUACACCAGCUUGUCCCUUAUUUUAUUCAGUUCGUCGCCGAAACAAUAACACACAAUUUGAAAAAUCCAACGAUUUUGACAACAAUGUUAAUGGUGAUAUAUUCUCUACUAUCCAACAAGUCUAUAUUUCUUGACCCAUACAUUCACGCUAUAAUGCCAUGCAUACUCACUCUUCUUCUUGCUAAGAAAAUAGGAGCACGGUCAGAAUCGGAAGAUGACAGGGAACAAUUUAGAAUUAGGGAGCUGGCGGCUUCCCUCCUCCAGAGAAUCAUGCGGGAGUAUGGUUCCUCUUAUACAACUCUUAAACCUAGAAUAACUAGAACGCUCUUGAGGGCAUUCCUUAGCAGCGCCACAAAGAGUUCAAUUGGAACGCAGUUUGGCGCGAUGAAGGGCAUGAAAUCUUUGGGUAAAGAAGUGAUUCGAAUUAUUAUGGUGGGGAACCUCAAAAGCUGGUCUACCUCCAUUUUAGAAGGCCUUGAUGAGAAUUCCACAAGCUACAAAAUACUAAUUGAAAAUGUGAUGGGUUGCCUAAGUACAAUGACCGACGACGGAAAGCUUAGCAAGCCAUCGACAACUGAAGGUGACAAUGAGAGCAAUCCCCGUGAGCUUGGGGAUGACGAAAUGCAGAAACUGAGAGAUCGUUUAGGUGACAUCCUUGCGAAGGAAGUCGCUUCGCAACCAAACGCACGAGAGAUAUACGGCGGCAUUUUUUUUCGGGGAAUUAUGAGAGGGCUUUAA